AUGUUUAAAUUUCAAAAAGGAGAAACUGUAUUUUGUUAUCAUGGACCAACAUAUUACCCAGCUCAAAUUCUUGAUACAAAGAUAAAUUAUAUUGGAAGUACAGUGGGUCCACAGUAUUUCAUACAUUAUAAGGGCUGGAAUAAAAAAUGGGAUGAAUGGGUGCCAGAAGAUAGGAUUUUUGAGAUGACUCAAGAGAGAAUAAAUGAUUUAAAUAAUAAUAAUAAUAUGAUGACGAGAAAUAGAACUAUUUCAACAGAGUCAAGUUCAUCUUCACCUGCACCAAAAGGGUUUUCAAUAGAUCAAGAUUUAACUGAUGAUGAAAGGAGUAAACCAAAUAAUUAUAAAAAUGGUUUACCAAUUGAAAUAAUUCAAUUCAGUGGGAAAUUCUUGACAAGGACUACAAAACACAAAAUUCAAAUAAAUAUUAGUGAUGAAAGAAUGGUAAAGUUGGCAGAUGAGUGGCAAUGGAUAACAAAAAAUCAAAUGUUGGUAAUUCCACUACCAUGUGGCAAGACAGUGAAUCAUAUUUUAGAUGAAUUUUUGGAGUAUAAAAUGGAAAAAUUUGGUGGGAAUAAAUCACCAGGAUCUAAUUUAAAGAGAACAACGCAAGAAUGUGAAUUGAUGGAAACAAUUGAUGGAAUUAAAGUAUAUUUCAAUGAAGUACUUCCAAUAUCUUUGUUAUAUCGAUUUGAACGACAACAAUAUGUGGAACUUGUUGAUAGAUAUCCUGAUCAUCAACCAGCUUCUAUUUAUGGAGCAGAACAUUUAAUGAGACUAAUAGUGAAAUUACCUGCCUUAGUAAGUAAAGUUCAGAUGAAAGAAGAAAAAGCACAACAGAUUCAAGAAGUAUUUCAAGAACUUUAUGGGUAA